UUGGGUUAAAAGAUAUUUUUAUUAUCACAUUACCCGACGAACCUAACCCAACUAAAGAUGUUGGUGAAAUCGAUGUUGAAUCGGCGAAAUUAAUUUUACCAACAUCUCUCAAUUUAACUCAACUGUUAUUUGAUAAGAGUA